AUGAGUUCAAAAAUUGAUUCUGGGGGUACAGAAACAAUGUUGCCAUCUGAUUACGCCUCCGAUGAAACUACCAGUCUACUCGUUUACGCGCCAAUUAAAAAUGACGUUGAAACCUCAAGACCUGUUUCGAUACAAAGUUCAAGGAGUCAACAACAACAACAGAGGGAUAAAAGUUUAAAAAAUGGUAGCAAACCCAUGUUGAUUCGACAAGAUUGCAUGAGUAGCAGGUUAUCAGUAUCCUCUCCUCGUCCGCUUUUAUCCUCGAUGGGUGGCAUGGUGAACGUCGGAAGCGAAGAGAGCGGAACGAGCGUGCCUAUGGAAGAAAAUGGAGUCCGUUCCGUACCGGAUAUAGAAUUGCAUUGUAGAUUAAACGACGGAGGAUCCCCGCAUUUGCUAGGAGACGGAAGCGGAGGACUUUUUUACGGAAAUGGAACACAAAGUCCGCGUUUGAGAGCUCGGGGUUCGAGUGUCACAAGUUACGGUCAUUUAAAUCCUAAUUCUCAAUAUAAAUACGAUAGAAGGAGAGAAUCUCAUUCUCGAUUAUUAUCGAUGCCUAGAUCGGUAUCUCGGGAAAGCAUAAGGUCAAUUGGAAAUCAACAUAUAUAUCAAUGCACACCAUAUUCUGUAGCACCCGCAGUGCUUUUGACUACUACUUCGUCUAAUUGCAGAGUAAUCAGGCAAAGCUCUCAACCGGAAUCAUCACUCGGAGUAAGUUCUACGUAUUGUUUGACUGCACCCAGUUCUUCCCUGCGUCAACUACGAGAACCCUGCGAAAGUGGCAUUGCUACCAUAGCUGCUGAUUCUAUGAGAAUCAAUGGUGCUAUAAGACAGUUCAAACAUGUAAGUACAUAG